GGAAUGUGGCCAGUAGCGCGAGGGUAGAGAGGGGAACUGAAGACGGGAAGCAGCGGAUAAGGAAGUGAAGGAGGAGAAAGACUUGGAAGAACAGAUCCGGACAUGCAGGUCCAAAGAGAACAUUCAGCAGUAGACGGGACAAGCGAUUCGAUGCUCCAAGACGACUUUUCGUCAAUCCGGCUCAAAAACACUCCCAGGAGAGGAUGGAUGGUUUUCGCUGCAGGCUGUGCUGUAGUCUUGGCCCUUGUAGUGUUGGGAGUACAGAGCAGACCUGGCAACACCACUCUGACGUCAUUGGAUGCCGGCCGCCAUGCCGGUCGAGCCGUACACGCAGGGGUCGAAAAAGAUGUCGACUCGAUUGAUAAAGAUGUGGACAAGACUGAGAAAGACAUCAAGGGGCUGGGAGACCGCCUGAUCAAGGACUUCGACUCCAUGGUGCUGUUGCACCGGGGAGCUAAGAAUGUGACGGGAGAAACGGAGAAGGGAGACUGGCUCAUCCGGAUGGGGCUGAAACAGGCGGGCAGAGCAAGUGAGCUGAAAGGGAGGCCGAUGGGAACUCAAAGUCCGGAGCUCGAUGCGAAAUGGAUCAAAACAUUCCGAGAUCAGGCUCGCAAACACAAGGUACCAAGCACCAAUAUAAUCCAUCAGAUCAAAACUGCUGAGGUGGCGUAUCAUCGCCUCCAAGGGAGCAUGCAGAAGCUAGCGUCUGCUGUGGACCAACUUGACACGUUUGUGAAAGAUGCGAAGAAGAAUAGGCAGGAUGGAAGACAUUGAACUAAUGUAAGCACGGGCUUCCUCUUGGAAAAGAUUGAAAAGGAAAUUGUUGCC